GCUAUAGAGGCGCGGCAGCGUGCAGACCUGGAGCGAGGGUUGCGGCUUCCCAUCUGGAAUCCAGGGCAGGCGGGCGUGGCACGGCAGGAUCAUCUCCGAUGGCACAAGCUCCGAAGAUGGAGGACGCGGCAGCUGAGGCAGCGCGUGCGCAGACCGACUCCACAGCCAGUGUCACGGGAGGCGAGACUGCGCCUGCGCAGACCGACUCCACAGCCAGCGUCGUGGCAGCUGAGGCAGUGCCUGUGCAGACUCACUCCGUCCCCGGUCUACAAGCAGCCGAGGCCGUGCGUGCGCUGACUGGCUCCGUGCCCGGCCUCACAGACGCUGGCGCCAUUAACCUCUUGAAGGGUCACUUACAGCUGAUGGCUAUACAGCAGACUCACCCGACACCGAGUGGUACGGGAGACCAGGCAGCGCCUGCGCAGACUCACUCCGUCCCCAGUCUCGAGGCAGCCCGGGCUGUGCGUGCGCUGACUGGCUCCUUCCCCGGUCUCACGGAUGCUGGCGCUAUUAACCUGUUAAAGGGUCACUUACAGCUGAUGGUUAUACAGCAGAGCUUGGCACUCACGGAGGACAAGGCAAGGGAGCUUUCUCAAAUGAACAGCUGGAUGAUCAAGAUGGCAGAUGACGGGAUAGUGGAAGAGGUGGAGAGGCUGCUGAAGUUGGGGGCGAACGUGGAGGCGAAGGAAGAGAAGUAUGGCUGGACAGCCCUUCACCCUGCAUCAAUCGACGGAUACUUGGACGUGGUGCAGUGUCUGCUGAGGUACGGAGCGGAUGUGGGGGCGAGAGACAAGGAAGGGCGGACGCCACUGCACUGGGCGGCGAGGUACGGACACUUGGAGGUGGUGAAGUAUCUGCUGGAGAACGGGGCGGAUGUGCAGGCGAAGGACCACGAAGGCCAGACGCCAGUACACUGGGCAGCAAAGAAUGGGAGUUUGGGGGCGUUGAAGGUUCUGCUGGAGAGUGUGGUAGACGCCAAGGACGAGAAUGACGACACCCCUCUCCACUUGGCCGCAACCUGGGGCUACACAAAAACGGCACUGCUACUGGUGAGGUUCGGUGCUGACCUGAGUGCCAUCGGUCAGGAGGGGCUGACACCGCAGGAGAGGGCCGAACGCUGGAACCACGACGUCACGGCAGCUGCACUGCAAGAAGCAGCGAAACUGUUUGAGGCCAGUGGGAACAAGGACACAGCCUCCCAGACUGGAGUCCAGCAAAUGUCUGUGGAGUAGAAUUCAAAUAGUUUCACUACACAUUUUUUCUUUUCUUCAAUAAAGGAUA